AUGAUACAUGCCAGUGAGAAGGACCACAUUAGUAAGGGAGAUGUUCAGAGAGUCAGGGACCUUUACAGGUGUAACGAUUGUCCACAAGUAGGUGGUAGUGGAGGAGGUCUCACACUGUUCUCCUAUGCGGAGAAAUCAAAGCCAGAAAAACCCAAGAAUAAAGAAUUAGUGUUUAAAGAUGAGCCCUGGAGCAUCAAUUUUCACGGGUUGAGCGAUCUCGAUUCUAAACGCGGACCAGAAGGAUGCAUAAAGUUCAUGUACCAAUUUGAGGGAGUUCAGGAAAGGUCUUUGGCCCUAGAGUUAUUAAGAAUGGGGCUGAAGACAACUUUUGAUGACAGGUCGGUCGAUGCAAUCAGCAUUUGGUCGGGGAUAAACUUUGGAUCGGCAAAUUGGUCUCGGGCUGUCGUUCCUAUUGACGUGUCAACCCCAUUUGUGCUUCAAUUCAAAUUCAAACUCUUGGAAGAAUCGAACAGAGGCUCAGUAAAAGUGGAUAAUCUGGAAGUGAGGUACACCGCCUGUGAUCAUCCAUCGCAUGCCACCUCGUUUGGAUUGAAAGUCACUCAGCUUAAAUCCUUGUCGAUAAAAUCAAUGAAAUCAUUCAAAUAUAUGAUGCCGCCCUCACUAGGAUCCUUCAGAUCGUCCGUCGUUGGAUCUUCCUCUUCAAACCUAUCCAAAAAUCCGUCGUCCAAAGCUGGUUGGCUUAGGUCCUUGCCGAGCAGAGUUUUCAAAUCCAAGAAAUCCCAAUCGCUCGGAUCAUCUAGGUAUUCAUUCGGAUCUUUUUCCUCAAAACGAUCCGGUGUGUCAACACCGGAUAUUCCUAAACUCUCAAUUGAAAAGUAAAAAGAAAA